UUCUCUCUCUAGCUUCUCUAGAAACCGAAACGCACACAGCUCCGUUUUGGGUUUUGGGUUUUCGGGUUUGGGCUUCGGACAGUAUAAAAGGUCGCUGGAACGGCUUAGGAAAAACUUUACUCUAAACUUCGAAGGAUUUGGCCAUGGCUGCCGAGCGUCAGAGCUCCGAAGCGGAGAACCUAAAGACAAACGAAGAAGAAGAAGGUGAAGAAGAGGAGGAGGAAGAAGAGGAAUCAGAAGAAAGCGAUGGAGGAGGAGGAGGAGAAGAAGAAGAAGGUGAAAGAGGACUCGGCGAGGUGCAGAGUUCAGAGCUCCGCGCCGAGCCUAAAGAGACUCAAUCAGAAACCCUAGCCGCGUCUUCUUCUUUGGAGGUACCAAAGAUGGGUCAGUGUGCUGUUCUUCAGGUGAAUUCUACUUCAAAGUCAAACGAUGGAGCUCAUUUGGAAGGAAAAAUUGAUAAUACUCGCAAUGAAGUCGUGACUGGUACAAUGGUCCAAUGUCUCGAUGCUCCAAAAGAAAAACAGCAUCAGUCAAAUGCAUGUCGAACUUUAUCAGAACUAUCACCAACCUCUGUUACUCAAUCAAUUUCAUCUGCUCCAAGCCCAAUUUUACUUGAACAAAGACUAUCACCUCCAAAGGACAAUGAUUUAUGUACACCAGUGCCAAAGAAGCGAAAUUCUUCAGACCUAAAAAUUGUAUCUCCUGUUCCUGCUGUGAAGAUACCUGCUUCUGAUGGCUACAACUGGCGGAAAUAUGGUCAGAAGCAAGUGAAGAGUCCUCAAGGUUCUCGAAGCUAUUAUAAAUGCACAUAUUCCGAGUGCUGUGCUAAGAAAAUUGAAUGUUGUGAUCACUCUGGGCAUGUGACAGAAGUUGUCUACAAAAGCCAGCAUACUCACGAUCCUCCUAAAAAGAGUAACAACACGAGGGAAAACAAGCUUACAUCUGCCGAGCGUUUUCCUGGGUACAAUGUUGCAAAACAGCCCUGUAAAGUCCCUAAAGAUUCAGAGCCGUCCACAUCUGCCAAAGAAAGCACACAUGAAACACCUCCAUGUUCUGAAAGAAAACGGGAGAACUUAGUCAACACUGAUGAAAAUGGUGAUCCGAAGGUCAAGGAAGAGCUUGACAAUGAACCAGAGCAAAAGAAAAGAUUGAAGAAAAGUAAUGUAGAAUAUGCAGGUUCUAUCUUGAAAUCUAGCAAGAAGCCUAAAUUUGUAGUGCACGCAGCUGGUGAUGUGGGAAUUUCUGCUGAUGGACACCGGUGGAGGAAAUAUGGACAGAAAAUGGUGAAAGGAAAUCCUCACCCCAGAAACUACUAUAGAUGCACUUCUGCUGGAUGUCCUGUACGAAAGCAUAUCGAGACCGCAGUAGACAACACUAAUGCCAUCAUUAUAACAUACAAGGGCGUACAUGACCAUGACAUGCCUGUACCGAAAAAGCGACACGGCCCUCCCAGUGCUCCUCUCGUUGCUGCUGCUGCUCCUGCUUCCAUGAACAGUUUGCAGUUAAAAAAAUCAGACGCAACUCCAAACCAGGUCUCUUCAACCCAGUGGUCGGUGGACAACGAGGGAGAGUUGACUGGUGAAGCCUUGGACCUUGGAGGCGAGAAGGCAAUGGAAUCCGCCCGAACUCUGUUAAGCAUAGGAUUUGAAAUCAAGCCUUGUUGAGGGAAGGCGCUUCAAGGAAUAAUACAGAGGGACUACAUUCUAUGAGAGAACCAAUGGAGCAUGUAUGUAUACAUAAAAAUAAUCAGAUUUGGCCUUUUAAAUUUAAUUUUUUCCUGUAGUUUUAAUUUUUUGUUGUACUUUUCUUUUUCUUGUUUUCUCCUCUUUAUGUUGUUGUAGUCUUUUUUUUUCUUCAGUAGUCUACAGCUGUGUAUAUUUGGUAUUGUACACACUAGGUUUACUUUGUUUGGAAUAGCCCUAGGCUUAAUUGUAGUGGAACAGCAUUGAAUUCCAUGGCAAGGUUGUUUGUA